GAGUCCUGGUCCCCCAUGGGGAGCUCCUUCCCUGCAACAGCCUCCCAACUCCCUACUUUCUGUCUCUUCCAUUCUUGGCUAAUUGACAACUCUUUCUCCCACUCUUUCUUCCUCUCCUCCCCUCUACAAAGUUGAGCGUCGCAGGCGAUUCAACAUUAACGACAGGAUCAAGGAACUGGGCACUCUCAUCCCUAAGUCCAGUGACCCGGAGAUGCGCUGGAACAAGGGCACCAUCCUGAAGGCCUCUGUGGAUUAUAUCCGCAAGCUGCAGAAGGAACAACAGCGCUCCAAAGACCUGGAGAGCCGGCAGCGAUCCCUGGAGCAGGCCAACCGCAGCCUGCAGCUCCGAAUUCAGGAGCUAGAACUGCAGGCCCAGAUCCAUGGCCUGCCGGUACCUCCCACCCCAGGGCUGCUCUCCCUGGCCACGACUUCAGCUUCUGACAGCCUCAAGCCAGAGCAGCUGGACAUUGAGGAGGAGGGCAGGCCAGGCGCAGCAACGUUCCAUGUAGCGGGGGGACCUGCCCAGAAUGCUCCCCAUCAACAGCCCCCUGCACCGCCCUCAGAUGCCCUUCUGGACCUGCACUUUCCCAGUGACCACCUGGGGGACCUGGGAGACCCCUUCCACCUAGGGCUGGAGGACAUUCUGAUGGAGGAGGAGGAAGGGGUGGUGGGAGGACUGUCGGGGGGUGCCCUGUCCCCACUGCGGGCUGCCUCCGAUCCCCUGCUCUCUUCAGUGUCCCCUGCUGUCUCCAAGGCCAGCAGCCGCCGCAGCAGCUUCAGCAUGGAGGAGGAGUCCUGAUCAGGCCUCACCCCUCCCCUGGGACUUCCCCACCCAGGAAAGGAGGACCAGUCAGGAUGAGGCCCCGCCUUUUCCCCCACCCUCCCAUGAGACUGCCCUGCCCAGGUAUUCUGGGGGGAAGAGGAGAUGUGAUCAGGCCCCACCCCUGUAAUCAGGCAAGGAGGAGGAGUCAGAUGAGGCCCUGCACCUUCCCCAAAGGAACCGCCCAGUGCAGGUAUUUCAGAAGGAGAAGGCUGGAGAAGGACCUGAGAUCAAGGCCUGCCCCCUGGGAAUCACAGCCUCACCCCUGCCCCCGUGGGACUCAUCCUUGCCCUGGUGAGGGAAGGAGACAGGAUGAGGUCUUGCGCCUGUACCCUAGGGACUGUCCUAGCCAGGUCUCCUGGGAAAGGGAGAUGUGAGGAUAUUGCUCCAUCCUUUGUCUUGGAACCACCAGUCUAGUCCAUCCUGGCACAGAAGAGGAGUCAAGUAAUGGAGGUCCCAGCCCUGGGGGUUUAAGCUCUGCCCCUUCCCCCUGAACCCUGCCCUGCUCUGCCCAGGCAAGGAACAGAAACGAGGAUGAGACCCGGCCCCUUCCCCUGGGAACUCUCCUGGCCUUCUAGGAAUGGAGGAACCAGGCCCCACCCCUUCCCUAUAGGAACAGCCCAGCACAGGCAUUUCAGGUGUGGAAGAAUCAGUAGACCAGGCCACCACUCAUGCUUGUGGAGAUCAUAGCCCCACCCUUGUCCCUCAGCAACAUCCCAUCUAAGCAUUCCACACUGCAGGGAGGAGUGGUACUUAAGCUCCCCUGCCUUAACCUGGGACCAACCUGACCUAACCUAGGAGGGCUCUGAGCCAACCUUGCUCUUGGGGAAGGGGGCAGAUGAUGAAAUUUCAUGGAUGAAUUUUCCAGACCUAUAUCUGGAGUGAGAGGCCCCCACCCUUGGGCAGAGUCCUGCCUUCUUCCUUGAGGGGCAGUUUGGGAAGGUGAUGGGUAUUAGUGGGGGACUGGGUUCAGGUUACCAGGACCAGUACCUCAGUAUUCUUUUUCAACAUGUAGAGCAACAGGAUGAAGGAAGGGGCUAUUUCCUGAGAGCUCCCCAGCCCAGGAAAAACUGGAAGCCUUCCCCCAGCAAGGCAGAGGCUUGGAGGAGGGUUGUAAAAGCAUAUUGUACCCCCUCAUUUGUUUAUCUGAAUUUUUUAUUGCUCCACAUACUGAGAAUCUAGGCCACCCCAACCUCUGUCCCCUACCCAGUUCUUCAUUUGGAGGAAUCACCCCAUUUCACAGUUAUCAAGAGACACUCCCCCCUCCAUUCCCACCCCUCAUACCUACACCCAAGAUUGUCAGCUUUGGAUUGCUGGGGCCAGGCCCCAGGGAAGGUAUACUGAGGGGUCUAUAGGUUUGUGAUUAAAAUAAUAAAAGCUAGGCGUGUUUGAUGCGCUUUUAACUUUGGCAAA